AUGGUUAAUGAGGCUGGGAGACAGACGAUAAUGGAUAAGUUCUAUGAGGCAUUUGGUAUAAAAAUUCCAUGGAGAAAAUUUGGGAUAAAGUGCAAUACUUGCAAGAAGCAGUAUGGGUCUUUUAAGAAGUUGACUCGGAACAGAACGGGGCUUGGUUUUGAUUCAACCGGAUUCAUCAACAUGAGUGAGGACUGGUGGAAUGAGCGAUGUAAGGAGUGGCCAGGUGUUAGAAAAUUUAAAGACAAGCCGGUAGCAAAUAUGGAUUUGAUGGAGAAGGUAUUUGGCGCAGUUUAUAUCAGUGGAGGAGAAGGUUGGUCUGCUCAGCAAGGUGAAGGUGUUUUAGACACAAAGCACUCAGAUCAUGAUGAUGAUAUUGAUGGUGAAGAUGACGCUGAGUCAAGGCGUGACAUUCCUACUCAAGAAGAUGUUGGAGCUGAAUCAAGGCGUGGUGUCCCUACUCAAGAAACUGAUGUUGCGUCUGAAUCAAGAAAUUUUGGAACAAAGAAUGCUGGCCCUUCUUCCUCUAGGUCAAAGGUUAAUAGGAAAAGAUCAAGGAAUGUACAAGCAGGACGAGCUGUGGCUGAUGUGAUUAGGAAGAGUGUUGAGUCUCGAGACAAGAUUCUUUCCCACAAGAAUCAUCUAAUAGAGAAUCAUCCUGAGUUUAGUUGUAGUCAACUUCGAGCUAUGGAUGUUCUACGCUCCUUGCCUGCCCUAAGGAUGUGGUCUCCUCUCUACAAAGCUUCAAUUAACCAUCUCAAAGAAGAUGCUGCAAACCGCCAGACUUUCUUGUUUUAUGGAGAUGAUGAGAACAAGGUUCUUUAUUUGGAGUUUGCAACUGGUGAAAGUAGAGAUCAUUGA